GACCCCAGCUGGGCCAAUGAGCAGCGGCGGGAGGUGAAAUCCGGUUCUAACCGGUCCGGGGCUCCCAGCGCUAUAAAAACUUUAUAAACCCCCCGGAGCCCGAGCAGUGUGAAGAAGAGACGAGAACGACCCCCGGACCGACCAAAGCCCGCACGCCGCUGCACCCACGCGUCUAGCGUUUACGUCCCGCCGCUGUCGCCACCAUGCCUAAGAGAAAGGCUGAAGGGGAUGCUAAAGGAGAUAAAGCCAAGGUGAAGGACGAACCACAGAGAAGAUCUGCAAGGUUAUCUGCUAAACCUGCUCCUCCAAAGCCAGAACCCAAGCCUAAAAAGGCCCCUGCAAAGAAGGGAGAGAAGGUACCCAAAGGGAAAAAGGGGAAAGCUGAUGCUGGCAAGGAUGGGAAUAAUCCUGCAGAAAAUGGAGAUGCCAAAACAGACCAGGCACAGAAAGCUGAAGGUGCUGGAGAUGCCAAGUGAAGUGUGUGCAUUUUUGAUAACUGUGUACUUCUGGUGACUGUACAGUUUGAAAUACUAUUUUUUAUCAAGUUUUAUAAAAAUGCAGAAUUUUGUUUUACUUUUUUUUUUUUUUUUAAGCUAUGUUGUUAGCACACAGAACACUUCAUUGUUGUUUUUUGGGGAAGGGCAUAUGUCACUAACAGAAUGUCUCCAAAACUGGAUUAAUGUGAGGGGGAAAAAACACCUUUCCCUUCUAGUUUUGAGAGACUUCCUCUUGGCUCCCAUGAGGAGGGAUUUCUUGAUGUUGACACACAUUAGCCACCUUGGCACAAAUGCCUUGUGGUAUGGAAAAGCUAAAAUUCGUUUUUAUGUCCUCUUCUCCCUCUGCCUUCAACAUAGACUUGACUCCCUUAAACCCAGGGACCUGACCCCAAAAUUUGGUUACCAGUUUGUCAGGCAAUCUGGACUUUCUGGUGCCACCAUUGAGAUGGCAUCUGUCAAAAGAGUAGCAGUUCCUUUAGAUCAUGAAUCUUGAGAUUGAUAAUUCUGCCAUUUUCAUUUCACUUCCUGAAAGUCAGGGUCGGCUUGUGAAAAGUUGUUAAACAACAUGCUAAAUGUGAAAUGUCAACCCUCACUCUAAACUUUCCCUAUUGAGAGCAUCAAAUGAAGAUUUCAUUGGGUUUUUAUAGUGGCUUUCUGAUUUUGGUAGUCCAAUCAUUGAAGAAGGGAGUUUGAAAGUUGUUGUAUACUGUUAACGAUUGUCUGCCCAUGUCCUGCCUGAAAUAUGAUUGUUUAUGAAAAGUAUCUUUAAUAAAGCUGGAUACAGUUUGGCUUGGAA